AUGUUGCGUGUUCUUCCGAUUCUGGCAGCUCUUGCCCCUCAGGCCCUGUCUGCCGCCGUUCCCUGGCUCACAGCCUCUGACGACACCUCGACCCAGCUCCCUCUCGUCAUCUGGCACGGGCUUGGCGACGACUUUGAACGCGAUGGACUCCACGAGGUAGCUUCGCUCGCAGAAUCGGUCAACCCAGGAACCUAUGUCCACAUCAUCCGGCUCGCUGAUGAUGGAAGCGGUGAUCGCCAAGCGACCUUCUUCGGAAACGUCACCGAGCAGAUCGAGACUGUCUGCAGCCAACUCGCUUCAGAUCCGAUCCUGAGCACUGCGCCUGCUGUCAAUGCCCUUGGUUUCUCGCAGGGUGGUCAGUUCCUACGCGGAUAUAUCGAGCGAUGCAACAACCCUCCAGUGCACAACCUCGUCACGUUCGGCAGCCAGCACAACGGCAUUUCCGAGUUUCAGUCUUGCAAGCUGGGUGACUGGCUCUGCAAUGGAGUCGAGUCCCUGCUUCGCUCAGGCCGAUGGGCAGAUUUCACGCAGUCGCAUGUCGUUCCGGCUCAAUACUUCCGCGACCCUGAAGAAAUUGACUCUUAUCUCGAGCACAGCAACUUCCUAGCCGAUAUCAACAACGAACGCGAGCUUAAAAACGUCGAAUACAAGAAACGUCUGGAGACACUCAACACAUUUGCUAUGUUCAUGUUCGAUGAGGAUACCGUCGCCGUUCCCAAGGAGAGUGCCCUAUUUGCUGAAUUCAAUGCUACCGAUGGUACCGUGACUCCCCUCCAGGAGAGACAGAUCUACAAGGAGGACUGGCUCGGUCUGAAGAAGCUGGAUGAACAGGGCAAGCUUCAUUUUAAGUCUGUGCCGGGCCAGCAUAUGGAGUUGACCGAGCAGAUCCUGAAGAAGACAUUCGGGGAUUAUUUCGGCCCCAUUGAGACCUCACAGUCGGAUACCGCCCUGCCCGGACUGAUCGCACAGCCUGUUUGA